GCCCGCCCGCCGCGGAGCCGGCCUGAGGAGAGAGAGCGCUGGGGCCCGCGCCGCCGGCCGGCCGGCAGACGCCACCCGCCAUGAGUGGAAUUCCUAAGGAUGCUUUGAAGACCAUUCUGUUGGAGUUAGAAUGUCACUUUACAUGGAAUUUACUUAAGGAAGACAUUGAUCUGUUUGAUGUGGAAGAUACAAUUGGGCAACAGCUUGAAUUUCUUACCACAAAAUCCAGACUUGCUCUUUAUAACCUAUUGGCCUAUGUGAAGCACCUAAAAGGCCAAAAUAAAGAUGCUCUAGGGUGCUUGGAACAAGCAGAAGAAAUAAUCCGGCGAGAACACUCAGACGAAGAAGAAGUACGAAGUCUGGUCACUUGGGGAAACUAUGCCUGGGUGUAUUAUCACGUGGACCAGCUUAGAGAAGCUCAGAAGUAUAUAGACAAGGUAGGGAACGUCUGCAGGAAAUUGUCCAGUCCUUCUGACUACAGGUUGGAGCGUCCUGAGAUUGACUGUGAGAAAGGGUGGGCACUUUUGAAAUUUGGAGGAAAGUAUUACCAAAAGGCUAAAGCAGCCUUUGAGAAAGCUUUGGAAGUGGAACCUGACAAUCCAGAAUUUAACAUUGGUUAUGCUAUCACUGUAUAUCGGCUGGAUGAUUCUGACAGAGAAGGGUCUGUAAAGAGCUUUUCCCUGGGGCCUCUGAGGAAGGCUGUCACCCUGAACCCAGAUAACUCCUACAUUAAGGUCUUUCUGGCACUGAAACUUCAAGAUGUACAUGCGGAAGCUGAGGGGGAAAAGUAUAUUGAAGAAAUCCUGGACCAAAUAUCAUUCCAGCCUUAUGUCCUUCGUUAUGCAGCCAAAUUCUAUAGGAGAAAACAUUCCUGGGACAAAGCUCUUGAACUUUUAAAAAAGGCCUUGGAAGCAACUCCAACCUCUUCUUUCCUGCAUCACCAGAUGGGACUUUGCUACCGGGCUCAAAUGAUCCAAAUCAAGAAGGCCACACGCAACAAACCUAAAGGAAAGGAUAAACUGAAGGUCUAUGAGCUGAUUAGAUCUGCUAUAUUUCAUUUCAAGGCAGCUGUGGAACGAGACUCUAUGUUUGCAUUUGCCUACACAGACCUGGCCAACAUGUAUGCUGAGGGAGGCCAGUAUAGCAAUGCUGAGGACAUUUUCCAGAAAGCCCUUUGUCUGGGGAACAUAACUGAUGAUCACAAACAUCAGAUCCAUUAUCACUAUGGCCGCUUUCAGGAAUUUCACUGUAAGUCAGAAAAUACUGCCAUCCAUCAUUAUUUAGAAGCUUUAAGAGUCAAAAACAGGUCAUCUCUUCGUACCAAACUAACAAGUGCUGUGAAGAAAUUGGCUACCAAGAGACUUUGUCACAAUGCUUUAGAUGUGCAGAGUUUAAGUGCCCUAGGGUUUGUUUACAAGCUUGAGGGAGAAAAGAGGCAAGCUGCUGAGUACUACGAGAGGGCCCAAAAGAUAGAUCCAGAAAACACAGAAUUCCUUACUGCUCUCUGUGAGCUUCGACUUUCCAUUUAAAGGCAUCCUCAAAGAAAUCAGGUCUAAGUUUUUCCCUCCAUUUUGGGUUCUUCUAUUUUUGUUUACUGUUUUAAUCCAUUGUUCAUUACAUACCCGGUGUGUAUUGAUGGUUAUGGUGUAACAAGCAUUGUGUUAAAUAAUACUUUAUAUAUAUUAUGAUGAAUCCUUUGGUGUUUUCUUUCUCUUUUCUUUUUAAUUAAAAGACUAUAAUCCAUUGAGAAACAGCAACAUUCCACAUCUUGCAACUUUUAAAACUGAUAUGGUCAUUAUCACUUUAUACCCUUUAUCUGUGCUAUUUAUAAUAAUUUUCAGAUUAAAUUUUGGCAAAUCUUUCACCUUAUGUACUGUAUAUAAUCCUACGUAAACCUUGGAUACCUAGGUCAAGAACACUCAGGAGUAGUACAAAAUUAUGAGUUUAAGCUCUUAACAGUGUAGCUUGCAAAAGACAGAACUUUCCAUUUACAAUUGUUUUGAUUUUGACGAGGAUAUUUAACUGUCAACCUGAUGGUCAUCUAAAGAAUCUUUGUUGGAAAAAAAGUUCAUAAUAAUGAAGAGUUUGUCAUCUUCGGUGACUUCAUUAAAAGAAGAAAAAACUAGAACAGGAGAUGAUUUCCUCAAAUUUUAAAUAAUACAGAACUUCAGGGAUCCAUGAGAAAUCAGAAGUUUCAUCUUCUAAAAUGUUUAUUAAGUAGCCAGAAAUAAUUAUGAGGAAAAAAAUGAAUAAUGGGAAAUCAUUAGUCUCAAGUUUGGGUUUUUUCUAUUAAUAGAAAAGUAAAUCGACACUGAAUCUAGAUGGAAUUAAUUUUAUUCCUUCCAAUUAACAUUGCAGUAUUUUUACAUUAAAAUCAUUGAGAUAGAGAGCAGACCAAUUGAGAAAUAGGAAGAAAUAACAAACAAACGGAUAAAGUAGAUAUCCCUAAUCUACAUCCCUAGAUUACCAAGAUUUUAGUGUAUUAGUUUUGAGUCUAGACUGGGUAGUGGUUUCAUACCUCCAAUUUCUAGCCUUUGGUUAACUGUUUUAGUAUUUCAGAGUGACUUCUGUGAAGCUUUAUCUUUUUUCUGAAGUUUUCAGAUUAUCAUUUUUUCCUAUA